AUGACAUCUUUUUUCAUUUCUUUCUUCUCUUUCCUUUCUUUCUUUUUUCUUCUUCUCUUUCCUUUCUUUCUUUUUUCUUCUUCUCUUUCCUUUCUUUCUUUUUUCUUCUUCUCUUUCCUUUCUUUCUUUUUUCUUCUUCUCUUUCCUUUCUUUCUUUUUUCUUCUCUUUCCUUUCUUUCUUUUUUCUUCUUCUCUCUCUCUUCUUUCCUUCUUAUCUCUCUCUUCUUCUUCUCUCUCUCUUCUUUUCUUCUUCUCUCUCUCUUCUUUUCUUCUUCUCUCUCUCUUCUUUUCUUCUUCUCUCUCUCUUCUUUUCUUCUUCUUCUCUCUCUCUCUUCUUUCCUUCUUCUCUUCCUCUCUCUCUUCUUUCCUUCUUCUCUUCCUCUCUCUCUUCUUUCCUUCUCUUCCUCUCUCUCUUCUUUCCUUCUUCUCUUCCUCUCUCUCUUCUUUCCUUCUUCUCUUCCUCUCUCUUUCUUUUCCUUUGAUAUUUUUUUCAUUUUCUUUCAUCUCCUUCUUUCUUUCCAUUCUUUUUUUUCUUUUUUUUCAUUCUUAGAUUCCUAUAUUUUCUUUAUUUAUUCAUUAUCUUUUUCCUUCCUUUGUUCUUUUCUUACACGCUUUUGUUUCCUUUCUUCGUUCUUUUUCUUUCUUUGCUUAUUUUAUUUUCCUUUCUUUCAUUUUACAAAUAUUCUCAGCACUUUUAAAAAAAAAAUCUUUUCGUUUUUCUUUUUUUAUAUAAACAGUUAUUUCUCUCCAUCUUUUAAUUCUUUCUGUCUUUCGUACACUCUCCUUUUUAUACUUCCAUUUUUCUGUUUUUCUUUCUCUCGAUUUUUCUCUAUUUCUAUCCCUUUCGUUCUUACGAUAUCACUUACUUUUUCCUUCUCACUCUCUUGCUUUCUUCGCACAGUUCCUCCCGCAACACACACACACGCACUCUCUCUCUCUCUCUCUCUCUCUCUCUCUCUCUCUCUCUCUCUCAAACCAUUUCCGCGUUUAUCGUAUUAG